GCCUGAUAUGGUAAUCCCCACUGAGCUAUAUAGGCCAUAAUUCCCGAAUAAUUGGAAAUUAUAUGAUAUAGCUCUCCUUCAGUCAAAACCAAGUUAAAAUGAUUGUAUUCUUGUGUUACUGAUUUCUGGUCCGUCAAACCUAGCUUUUUAACUUUGAUAGCCUGAAUCUCUCCAACAGAAAAUGAGUUGUUGGGUUGGUUCUUUAUCACUUUCGUUGUAGUUUCUGUUUCUUACAGACUGACAGUGACUGAUGUCUUCUGUACGUUGGGCAUUUUGUACCAAAAAGUGGAUUCCUACAAAAUCGGAGUGGUUACAUGCAUUGGCUUGCAUUCAAGAUGAAGAAAGAGAUCGUGUUAUGAAAUUUGUUUACAAGAAAGAUGCAAAGUCAGCAUUGAUUGGUCGACUGUUGUUGAAAAAAGUUAUCGUUGAGAAUACCAGUAUUCCAUAUUCUGCUAUCAAGCUUGGCAGAACAGAAAGAGGAAAACCUUACUUAUUACAUGCAAAAGAAAGCCUGAACUUCAACAUCUCUCAUCAGGGUGAUUUUGUUGUUCUAGCUGCGGAAUCAUCUAGAAAUGUUGGAGUUGAUGUUAUGAAGACAGAGAUUAAAGGUAAUCAAACAAUACCGGAAUUCUUUCACACAAUGAGACGUCAAUUUACUCCACAUGAGUGGCAAACUAUAAAACAAAAUCCCUCCGAUUUCAAACAGUUGGAAAUGUUUAUGAGGCAUUGGUGUUUAAAAGAAAGUUACGUGAAAGCUCUUGGUGUUGGUAUUGGUUUGUUAAAGAAACUUCAGUUUAUGGAAUUUCACAUCGCACCUCAGUCUACUGAACUGAAUGAUAGGGUCAGUAGAGUUUACUUACUGUCUUUUGGCAAAGAAAUUUUUAGGGAAACAAGACUAGGCUUCGCUCGAGCAAAAGAAAGAUUACCGGUAGAGUGGUCAGAUCACAGAAGUGGCAUGGAUACAAAACUUUUUUUGGAAAGUAAGCCAUGUGAUGAGUGGUGUUUUCAAGAAACAAAAUUAGACGAAGAUCAUCAAGUAGUGGUGGCAUUACAUCAAUCAAAUUCACCUCAAGAGAAUGAAAAUUUGCAAAAUGGAACAUUCAUACUGUUAACGAUCAAAGAUUUACUCCCUCCUUCAAUGUCAUUUCAAACUGUUAACGAAAUGUUUUGGAAAGAGUUUGAAGAAAAAAGUGAAAGCUCUUGAUAAACAUGACAAGC